AUGAAGGGCUGGCUCCAAACUCUCGGCCUAACGGCCUUAUUAGCCAGCUCGGUACUUGCGAAUGAAGUCGAACUGAAAUCCGACGAGGCGCACCGACAACGAUGCUCGGGGAUGUACAGUCGGAAGGCUUGGGGAGGGAAUGUGGACCCCUUUAUCCUGGUCAAGUUUUCCAAGGCGCAAACUACAGAAGGUGAUCCUCUCGCCAGCUUGGUGAUCUUUGAAUGGAACGACGAGGAAUUGAUUGGGGAGUACCGGUCUGGCGACUCCGACACAAAGGAUACAAUUUGCGAACAAGGAAGCGUCGAUGCCGGACUCUGCUCGAAGGAAGAUAUUGGUGCAUUCAUUCUCACAAAAAAUGCCACUGAGGUCUCCAAGAAUCCUAUCCUCACCAAAGCGGUUCAUCUCAACAACCCGGAACCUAUCAAGUACCCUGUCAAAAAGACUGGUUUCUACUGUGUUAGCACCUACGCAUACUCCGAUGAAGACUAUUACUCGGUGGUUGAGUUCCGCAAUGCGUAUGGCGAGCUCCCCGCCGCGCAAAUCGCUAAGCUUCCUUUCUACGGAGGUAUGACAAUUGUCUACGCUGUUAUUGGCGUCUUCUGGGCAUUCCUCUAUGUGCAAAACCGCUUUGACAUCUUGCCUGUCCAAAACUAUAUCACAGCUAUAGUUGUUUUCCUGAUUGUCGAGCAACUUAUGACUUGGGGUUUCUAUGACUAUCAAAACCGACACGGAUUGAAUGCAAUGGGAAAGGCAUUAAUGGUUAUUGUCGCAGUUCUCAAUGCCGCCCGAAAUGCGUUUUCGUUCUUCCUGCUGCUCAUCGUCUGCAUGGGCUACGGUGUCGUCAAGCCUUCCUUGGGUAAAACGAUGAUCUACGUGCGCAUCCUGGCCAUCGCUCACUUUAUCUUCGCCCUUGUCUACUCAAUUGCCACUUUGUCAAUCACUCCAGACAGUGCUGGUCCAUUGGUGCUUCUGAUUGUCCUCCCUCUGGCGGGUACUCUGACUGCCUUCUAUGUCUGGACAUUGAACUCUCUCAAUGCUACGAUGAAGGAUCUCAUUGAUAGAAAGCAAAAGGUUAAGGCAAUGAUGUACAAGAGACUCUGGUGGUGUAUUCUUGGUAGCAUCAUCGUCAUCUUUGGCUUCUUCUUCCUUAACUCCUUUGCCAUGGCUGGCCACAGUGAUGCCAGCUUUGUGCCGGAGCAUUGGAAGGCGCGGUGGUUUGUGCUUGACGGGUGGCUCAACAUUGUGUAUCUGUUCGAUAUUGCUUUCGUGGCUUACCUGUGGCGUCCGACUGCCAACAACCGACGAUUCGCAAUGAGUGAUGAGCUUGCGCAAGAUGAUGAUGGAUUCGAGAUCCGCUCAUUCGGAAGCGGUCUUGACGAAGAGGACGCUUUCGAUGCACCUCCCGAGUAUCCAGGUAGCUCAGCUGCCGGUCAUCGCGACCUGUCUCCCAUUCCACCCAAGCCUGUGCCUUCGGCACCCCGACAACGCGAGUCUCUUGAGGAUGAGACAAUCUUCGCGGUGGGCGAGGAAGAUGGGGACAAGUGGUCUGAUGACGAGUCUCCUCGUAGUUCUAACGAGAGACAGCGUCUCACCCAUUAA